UUCAAUUUCAUCUCCUGGCAUCUUUGAUGGCCCCAAGAGCUAACAAAAUUCGUUUGUCGAAGGGGGGAAAUUCCGCUGGAAAGGUACGGUUCUGGAAACCAACAGUGGCAGAAUCCAGAGAAGGCAUUAUCGUCCAAGCAAAGAUCCCUGGCGAUAUUCAGAGAAUUGUUGAUUUUAAACGAAAGCGUAUGUUAGACAUGGGUCUGCAUCUUCAACCAUUCAUAAUUUUAAUAGGUAAAGACUUCACCAAUAUACAAAAAGCCUAUGUGAGAAUCGACUCGGUAUCGUAUGAGUUGCCGUCGCUUCUAAAAGCACUUGAUUUACUUUUUAAAAUUUACUUAGUUUUCAAUCUUCAAUACCCAUUAGAGUGCGAGAACUUUUGUUAUUUGAUUCAAUGGGGCCUUUACGAAAUACGCACGAAGUCAGAUGAGCAAAUACCUUUUGUAUUUAAUACAUUGAAUCAGAUGAAAAGAGAAGACAAGAAAAUGCAACUUUCUUAAUGUAUUUUAAAUAGUGCACACAAAUUGCUGGCAAUUUAUUAAAUUUGCUACUGGGUAGUUUAAGCUGUAAAUUAAAUAAUCGUAAUUAAAUUCCUGUAAACGUUAUAUGCAUGUUCUUUUAUAACUUUAAUCAACAUGGAGUGUAAUAUGUGCAACAGAAAAUUAUUUCGUGAUUCAAUUCAAGUAAUUCGUCACAUACA